AUGGCUGAAGCUAUAGAAACAACAGAUCCUUGUGAACCGUCUCAUAAUCAAGUUAGUCUGCAUGAUUGGUCAUUGAAUUUGAGUCAACAUUUUCAUAAUGAUAAAUGUCAAAAUGUAAAUGUAGAAAAAGAAUUCAUAGGUGAAUACACUAUCGAUAAUAUUCCAUGUGAAUACUGUGAUGAACUAAUCAAUUUUGAUGAUUGGGAAAGACAUUCGAGACAAUGUGCUGAAACUGAUAAGCAACGAAUUGAAGAUAUAACUAAUCAUGGUUCAAAUAAUCUUAUUCCAUGUGAAUUCUGUUCUCUUCCAGUUAGUAUACAUGACUUGAUGGCACAUACGAAUAAAUGUGCUGAAGUUGAAAGACAGCGAAUUCAAAAUCUAACGAAACAUGCUGGCAACAAUCUCAUUCCAUGUGAAUAUUGUUCUAUUCCAAUUGACAUAGAUGAAUGGAAUUUACAUACGAAUCAAUGUGCUGAAUUUGAAAGGCAGCGAAUUCAAAAUCUAACGAAACAUGCCGAUAGUGAUCUUAUUCCAUGUGAAUAUUGUAAUAAAUCAUUCACUCUUCAGUAUAUUGAAAAUCAUCAGACUGAAUGUCGACAACAACUUGCCACAGUAUCGGAUGGUUUUAACGCUCACGCAUUUAACAGAGAUCUUACUUUUCCAGAAACUUGGAAUCAUUCAUCCCUAUAUAAUCUUUCUCGUUAUAUUCUUGAACCGACAUCCGAAGAAUAUAAAUUUGUUGCAAAUAAUUUUCAUAGAACAUUACCAUCAAACGAAAUUGUUCAAAUUGAACGAAUUCAAAAUCGACGUUGGUAUCGUCAAUAUGAUGCUCAUAGAGAUGAUUUUAUUGAAAGAUAUGGUAAAAGUACCGAACAAUGGUUAUUUCAUGGAUGUAAAUCUCAAUCAAUCGAUGCAAUUAUUAAUGAUUGUUUUAAUCGAAGUCAUGCAGUUCGUUAUGCCGUGGGUCAAGGUAUUUAUUUUGCAACUGAUGCUAGUAUAAGUCUUAAUUAUACACAACCAUCUCACAAUAAUACUAGACAUAUGUUUAUGGCGCGUGUUCUAGUUGGUAGAACAACUAAAGGUGAUCAAACAACGCGUAUCUGUCCACGUGGUUAUGACACAACGGGUGGAGGAACAGUUUUUGUAACCUAUCAUGAUGCUCAAGCGUAUGGCGAAUAUUUAAUCGCAUUUACAUGA